CGCGGAUUAUUGCUGGAGCGUCUCCGUCCUCAUCACAAGUGUUUGGUCUGGGUCGUGUUGGAGCCAUGGCAGCCCCCCCACCGGUCCCACAGCCCGCCUGCUGACGGUACCGGGCAGGAUGGGAGCAGCUCAGCCGCGUUCAGGAUCCUGAACCAGCCGAUUCAUCAAUGGAGGAGGAAAAUGACACCCGGAAAGUCAACAACAGCUUCCUUCGCGACCACAACUAUGCAACCGAAGCUGACAUCAUCUCAACGGUGGAGUUUAACUCAACGGGGGAGCUGUUGGCCACCGGGGAUAAAGGAGGAAGAGUGGUUGUCUUCCAGAGGGAGCAGGAGAGUAAGACCCAGCCUCAGCGCCGAGGGGAGUACAACGUUUACAGCACAUUCCAGAGCCACGAACCCGAGUUCGAUUACCUGAAGAGUUUGGAGAUUGAGGAGAAGAUCAACAAGAUCAAAUGGCUGCCUCAGCAGAACGCCGCGUACUUCCUGCUUUCCACCAACGACAAGACUGUCAAGCUGUGGAAGAUCAGUGAAAGGGACAAGCGCCCAGAGGGCUACAACCUGAAGGAUGAGGACGGACGCAUCCGAGACCCGGCGACCAUCACCUCACUACGGGUGCCGGUGCUGCAGCCGAUGGAUUUGAUGGUGGAGGCCACAGCCAGGCGUGUCUUCAGCAACGCCCACACAUACCACAUCAACUCCAUCUCAGUCAACUCCGACCUUCAGACGUUCAUCUCCACCGACGACCUUCGGGUGAACCUGUGGAACCUGGAGAUCACCGAUCGCAGCUUCAACAUCGUGGACAUCAAACCGGCCAACAUGGAGGAGCUGACGGAGGUCAUCACCUCAGCAGAGUUCCACCCCCAGCAGUGUCACACCUUUGCCUACAGCAGCAGCAAGGGCUCAAUACGCCUCUGUGACAUGAGACAGGCGGCGCUCUGCGACAGGCAUAGCAAAUACUUCGAAGAGCCAGAAGAUCCAUCCACUCGCUCUUUCUUCUCUGAAAUCAUCUCCUCCAUCUCAGACGUGAAGUUCAGCCACAACGGACGCUACCUGAUGACAAGGGACUACCUCACUGUCAAAGUGUGGGACCUCCAAAUGGAGAACAAACCACUGGAGACCUACCAGGUUCACGACUACUUACGAGGCAAGCUUUGUUCUCUUUAUGAGAACGACUGCAUCUUUGACAAGUUUGAGUGCGUCUGGAACGGAUCCGACAGUGUCAUCAUGACCGGCUCCUACAAUAAUUUCUUCCGGAUGUUUGACCGGAACACCAAGCGAGACGUCACGCUGGAAGCAUCCAGAGAGAACAGCAAACCCAGAGCUAUUCUGAAGCCUCGCAAGGUGUGUGUGGGAGGGAAACGUCGCAAGGACGAGAUCAGUGUGGACAGCCUGGACUUCAGCAAGAAGAUCCUGCACACAACGUGGCACCCGCAUGAGAACAUCAUAGCUGUAGCAGCCACCAAUAAUCUCUACAUUUUCCAAGACAAGGUGAACUAAAGCAGCAGCCCGUUCCCUGAUGGACCCCGCAGCUCCACACCAACGAGGAGCUGCUGUCUUUAACCCCCCACCCCACCCUGGGGUCGGCCAUCCUCGGACUGAUGUGGGGACGUGGCCGGUAAAAAGGAUGUGAGGGGGAGAGAGCUUCAUUCCACAAGAUGGCUUCUAAUGUAAAUGAUUUUAACCACGCGGACCAGCAGAAGUGGUUCCAGUGCAUUUAUGCAACAGGAGGUUCGCUGCGUGAGAAACGUUACGCAGCAGCCCUCUGACCCUGCGGAGGAGGGCGGAUGAGCCCACAGGACGCGGGUGGCUCGGUGUCGUGUAGCAUCAGCUCCCCCUGUCUUUCUUUCUCAUGCUGCGGUGCAUGUGAGGACCCUGAGCAGCGGACGCUGAGUGGAGAAGACUGUUAGAGCCCAGCCCCAGAAACUGAGUGGGUCUCACUAGAACCGGUUUUGUGUCUCCAUGGCGAGACGUCUGUAGUCUGUGAUGUGAACGGAGCCCUUCUGGGCUCCAGAGUGUUUCAUUUAAAUCUGUUGUUUUGUUGAGUCCUUCUCUUGGUCUGUUUAGAAGCUGUGGUGCCUUCUUUUUGGUAUGUGGGGGUUGUGAUGUAUUCAGCAUGGGGGGGGGGGGGGGGGGGGGUACGUAGGAUUUUUGCUCUCGUCCCUUCUUCUUUCUUACCAAACGACAAGAACAGAAGACAGAAGUCUGUGUGCAGGAUCCCAUGGGGACGAGGUGUUACAGGACAUGGGUUAGGUCAGGACCUGGACAGCCUGCCUGAUGUCCUUGACUCAAGUGAAAAACGACGUAGCCACUUCUUUCUUUUUCUCUCUUCAAAAAGAAUUUUCCAGAAGAGAAUCUGAAUUCUUCACCAGAUGUAAUUUUGCCUGGAUGGUGCUGAAAAUGAUCUGUAGAUGGAAACCUAAACGUUUGCAUGCUCUGGUUCUGCUGAAUUCAACAGCCUGCAUUUAGUCAUGUGAACAUCUACAGCUCAUUUGAGGCACACAGGCUGUGAAGGACAUGCUUUAUUUUGGAUAGUUCUGGUCUUUGUGCAUGUUUCUCUUCUGGCCCAUGACGAGCGACGUCUACGACAGCGGGUUGUGCCGCAGCACUCGGACCAGUUGAUGGAUUAUCCCGGAGCCGACUCCCGUGAAGCGAAGCAGCCUGAGGCCUGACUGAACUCUGUGAAAAUCAGGGAAUAUUUAAUUGUGAUUCAUUUAACAGUAAAACCUUCUAAACAAGCUUCUUUGUGACACUUGUAAUUGAAACAAACCAACUUUUAUAGCUCAGAAUGUAUCGGAAUGCCAUGCAGUCUUUAUGCUUACGGGACUUCACUUUGAAUAAAAAAGAAUAAAGAUUUGCAAGCUCG